AUGGAAAAGGAAUAUUUUCGUUUCUAUAUUAAAGUGCGUACUGUACUUCAUAUUGAACCCAUAGCUAUUCAUAAUGAAUUACAUACUGUCUUGGGUGAUGAAGCUCCUCGUCUCAGGACUGUUCAAAGAUGGUCAAAAUGGCCUAUAACGGAGACUACACCUGAAAAUAUUAGACAAGUUCACAAUCUUAUUAAUGAUGAUCCUUAUGUUACAGUUGACGAACUCAAAGCACAAAGUAAUCUAAGCCAUGGCAUUAUCCAACGAAUUAUUUCUAAUCAUUUGCAAUUGAAAAAAGUUACUGCACGUUAUGUUCCAAAACAUUCGACGAACUUUCAAAAGGCUGAACGAGUACGACUAUGUCAAGAAAACUUGUUAAAAUUUGAACAAGGUGUUUGGAGAUUAUGCGAUGUAGUAACAGGUAAUGAAUCAUGGUUUUAUUACAAGCAAAUCUGUCAAAAAUCAUCGAAUGCUGCUUGGGUAGCACGUGGAGAUCCUUCUCCAGCGGUGGUUCAAUGUAGUCACUUUGCUCCAAAAACUCUCCUGUGUAUUUUUUUCAAGUCAACUGAUCCAGUUUUGAUUCAUUCUGUUAAGCGUGGACAAAUAAUCGAUCAUCAAUAUUACAUCAAUAAUUGUUUGCGACCAGUUAUUAAUGAAAUUGGGAAGCAACGACCUGCUUGA